AUGUCUUCUUGGCUGCCGCAGAAUGUUCAGAAACGAUUACUUUUAUAUGUCUUACAGCAAGUUUCCCUUUUUUCUAACGUUGAUCUGACUAAUUUGGACGUGUCACUUGGAUCACAAUCACAGUUCAGUUUCAACGAUAUCGAUCUCAAUGUAAAGGAAAUAAAGCUGCCGAAUGUUGAUGUUUUGAGUGGAAAAAUAGAAAAGCUAAAUCUCCAACUAGCCGUUGCUGGCAACGUUGAUAUUAGUGGUGAAGGGCUAACUUUUGUUUUAAAACCCAUUGACCGAUUCUUUGAAGACGACUUGUCUGAUCAGUGGGCAAGCUCAUUGACGAAAAGUGUUAUCGAUAUGACUAAAUCAAUAAUGGAAUCGGAUGUAACUGAUAGCAGUGAGCAUUCCGUAGAGGCACUGGAAGAAGUUUCAAAAUCCCCGACCGCUCUAGACUCUAUGAGAAACAAAGUCUUACAAAUGGCAUUAGGUAAAUUAAGCCUGAAAAUGAAGAGAAUAGAGUUUCAGUUUUUACUAUCAACGGAAGUCACUCUUAAAUUUACUAUUGAUACAAUAACAUUGCUUACUGUUGAUAAUAAACGCACGGUUGAUAUGGGGGGAAUAGAAGUUGCAUUCUCUAAAACACAACUCUCUCCUACUAACUCUCAUCAGAAUACAGACAGCGAUGUGGAAGAAAAUGAAAAUACAGAUUCAGAAGAUGCUAUGACUGCCAGUAUCACUUACUCCAAACUUGAAGCCACUUCUAUCUAUUUAAGUGCUAUGGAAAGUCUCAUAUUAGAAUCAUCAGAUGAUGCUGUUCAAGUAGUUCUUACCAUUGAUAAAGUCAAUAUACAGUUCCAGGGAGUGACUUCAAUAAAUGAUUUGAAAGUAAGGGAUGUCAUCAUCAGGAUAGAUGAAAUAAAUAUCUACUUGCGUAAAAUAUCACCCAUAAGAAAACAUUUAUUGUCGAUUUUGCGGGCUUCAUUGGACAAAACUUCGUCUGAUGGGACCCGCACAGAAAACAUGAGGAAUUAUAAACGCUUUCAACAAGAACAAAAUAUAAAGGAGGAGGAGGUUCUCACAGCUAUUCUCUUAAAGAAAGUAAGCUUACAUCUACUCGAUGACUUAGAGUUAAAUUUGAUUGAUAUUUCAUUGAAAAAGAGUGAAGGUUUCACAACCAGCGCUUCUGUGUUUGACUUGAAACUACUCUAUAUGUCAAACGAAUAUUUCUUUUCUUCCCCAUCUGCACAACCACUGUUCUCCAUGCAACCUGAUCAGACAACAGCAGAGAAGAAAAUGUUUCUGAAUCGUGACAUCACACUCAACGUUGAUAGUGUUUUAUUGAAUGAACUACUAAAGCUUGUCGAAGAAUAUGGUAGCGCCUAUAAUUACAUCCAAAAAAUUACUCGUGCAAGUGCUAAUCAGAAAACGGCAGAGGUGUUGCAUUUUAAAUCUCAAAGUAUUAAUUUAAAAAUAUUAAUGAACAACAUUAGCCUUGAACUUUCCAUGGAUCCUAUUAAAUCAACCCUACCUCAUACACUUUUUGAUGUUGAAAAAAUAUCAUUACUAUUAAUCAGAGGCGAUAAAAAAGUUCUUAUUGGAACACUGUCGAAUCUCAUAAUAAGUUCAAAAACUAACGGCUGUUUUCACGUUGAAUCCUUCGACCAUAAGUUUGGUGCAAUCGACAUAAAUACCCGCACAAAAGCUGUUCUAGAGUCAUUACAUCUAUUUCUUUCUCAAGCUGAACUGGAAUUAAUAUCUUCCAAUUUGAUUGCAUUCUGUGGUUCUAUUUCGUCAUUUACAAAUCCCAAUACUAGAAACAACGGCCAUGAAAAUGUUACUAAAAAGAGCGUUAGAUUGUUGCAUUCUUCUAAUGUUAUGAAUAAAAGGGCUACUCUUUCAAACUUCGUUCUUCAGGUCCAUAAAGCUAAGAUGACCAUUACAAACACUCUUGAAAACACUUUCGGUGACAUAACAAUAGAGGCAAUUUCGUGUAUACUAUCUCAGGACCAAAAUAAGACACUCUGUGGCAUUGUUAAAGAAGCAAGGCUACAACGGCUGUACAUGAGAGAGAAAACCGACAUUAUAUGUAAUGUAAACCAUGAUAGAAGUAAACCACAAUUGAUAUUAAACAUGCCAAACUCUGGAAAACCGAAGCUUUAUUUGAAAGGGUUGGGAUUGUUUAUCGACUCAAAAUGGAGAGACUUAGUCCCUUCUUCAUCAAAGGGAGACAUCAAGCAAGAAAGAAAGCUAACUUUCAGAACAAUGGAGGUAAGAUUAUACGAUUGUUCACUUUCUUUAAAGCCUUACAGGAUAUGCACCGGAAUGGUAAUAUCAAUCCCUAAGUCUAUUAUCAAUUUUUCUCCUUUGGGCAUCACUGUUUCGUUGAGGUCGUUGGAGACUUUACUUAUUGAUGAUAUGAAGGUAUUGAAGGAACGAAAUACCAAAGUAUUGGAAAACAUUUCAUUAUCUACUUGGUACCAGAAACAAGGUUAUUCCCCUCUUAUUAAAGUCGACGUCUUAUCAUUGCAUUUCAGUAACACAGAUUCCAUGGCUGUUUCCUUAAAAGUGCAGAAAGUUGAUGUUUCUGUGUGCUCCGACUCGCUAAACGCUCUAAUGCAAACGGCACUUGAUUUAAAACCCGCAGAAACAUAUCCCGAUACACUGAAGUAUCAAAUUGAGCCAGAAGCUGUGGAUAUUUUCAAUGAGUUAUGUGAGGACUUUUUCGUCACCAAGGAAAAUCCGAACGACAAAACCGAAGAUGAUUAUGAAACGCCACCAGUAUCUCAGGGUUCAGUGAAUUUUGAGGAAGAACACUUUUCGACUGAACGCCGGACAGUUGUUGAAAAUGAUUCGAAAUCGUCCGUAUUUUCAAUUCUUACCACAAUCAAAAUUCAUAUCGAGGAAGUAAAAUUGAAAUUGUAUGACGGAUACGAGUGGAGACAUACUCGAAAAGAAAUCAAGUCCGCUGUUGAUCGCAUUCAAGAGGAUUUUAAUGAUGGCCUAGAGUUGUCCGAAACAAAGGUUUUUGAUUCUAUUUAUAUUCCUGCACCUAAAGAUACGGUAGAAAACAUAAAAGACAAUAUAAACCGGAAAAUCCACAACGAGGAAACCAAUGAAGGCAAAAUGAAAUUGAGACCAACAAAAAAGUACAAAGUACUCAUAAAAGGCCGCGAUUUGUGUAUCGAAUUCAAAGGAGGCCAGGAUAAAAUUGCUGAGAGGGCGAGCUCAUUAUCCUCAAUAAAUGAUUACUGUAUAUUGAACAACACAUUUGUUAAAGUAAGUGACUUGGAGAUAAUUGACAACCUACCAACUUCUACUUGGAACAAAUUUCUUACUCGAUCACGGUCGAAUGAUAAAAUGGCGCAAGAGCCAGCAAUGUUAGUAAUUGAAUGCUCACUAAUACGUCCUGUACCGCAUUUGUACGCAACAGAGUUGAUUUGCAAUAUCAACAUAGUACCAUUGACUUUGCAUGUUGACCAAGAUACUUUAGAGUUUUUAACUCUCUUCUUCCAGUUCAAAGACAAUAGAUUUGAGCUUUUGGACGAAUAUCCUGAUAUUCUAUACAUCCAAAGAUUGGAAAUAAAUUCGGUUAGACUACUUUUGGACUAUAAACCCAAAAAAGUUGAUUAUGCAGGUCUAAAAUCUGGUAAAACCAAGGAAUUCAUGAACUUCUUUAUCCUAGAUGAGGCUAGAAUAAAACUAAAACAUGUAAUACUAUACGGGGUAAAUGGAUUUCCUCAACUGGAAACCAUUUUAUCAGAUAUUUGGACUCCAGAUAUUACUAAAACUCAAAUUCCAGGAAUUCUUAGCGCUUUAACACCUCUCAAGCCUUUGGCCGGCCUUUCUUACGGAGCUCGGGCCUUGAUUUCAGUUCCGACCGAACAUUACCAACAAAAUGGUAGAUUCGGCGGUAGUCUUCAGAAUGGAGGAAUGGUGUUUUUGAAGACAACAGGUGGAGAAGUGAUCAAGUUGGCCGUACGUUUAACGUCUGGGACUCAAACGAUCUUGGAGAACACUGAAAAAUUAUUAGGUGGUCAGGGUAUUACUGGAAGAAAUGUCCCAAUAACUUUGGUUGAGGGAGAUGAGAAGGUCGAUGCCCUCAUAGACGAAUCCCUUUUGCGGUCGACGGCUUUAUUCAACAAAGAACCUGAUAAUAAAAGUAAUCACUUAGAUGUUUUGUUAGCUGACGGAAAUCAUCAAAAAGUUCUAAGUUUAUAUGCAGAUCAACCGAAGGAUUUCAAUUCUGGUCUUCAAGAUGCAUAUGAAUCUAUGGAACGGAACUUAUACUUGACUUUUGACAGUAUGAAAAAAGCGAAAAAAGAAUUGAAAACAGCCAAAGGAGCUCAAGAAGCUGUGUCUACUGUCGCAAAAGCUGCACCAUUUGUAUUAAUUCGUCCUCUCAUAGGUGUGACAGAAGCACUUUCAAAGACACUGCAAGGUUUAAACAACCAGUAUGAUGAAGAUAGAAUUGCACAAAUCGAAGAGAAGUACAAAUCCAAGAAACAAAACAAUAACCAGUAA